UGAAUUGAAAGCCAAUGGUAACCCCCACUCGAAGGCAUUUAGCGUUUCAACCAUACCAGGAGCUUCAUCGAUCUCCAAUUCCUCGACUAUUACUGAAAAGAAAAGAGACCCUUACGUCUGAGAGAGUGAGCAAGAUAGAAAAGAGCUAGCCAUGGCACUUUUGGAAGCUAAGCCAGCCUCUUCCACUACUACUACCUCUGUUUUUGAUGUAGGAAAUUUCAAGAUUACCUGCUUCACAGUUGAAACUACAUCAAACACUUCUUCUUCUUCAUCUACUACUGGUACUGGUAUUGGUACUAGUACUUCACCACCCAAGCCCCUGUUCAUCGUCACACCAACCAUAAAAGGCACUUACCCUAUUCUCUUGUUUCUUCAUGGAUUUUAUCUCAGAAACACCUUCUAUUCUCAGCUCCUCCAACAUAUUUCGUCCCAUGGAUACAUACUUGUUGCUCCUCAGUUGUACGAGCUCUAUAAAUUGCCUACAAGUGGGACUGAAGAAAUCGACACUGCGACAAAAGUCACGGAGUGGUUGUUGGAUCCGCAAGGACUCCAGCCCCUGCUUCCAGAGAACGUGGAAGCAAAUCUGAAAGCAUUGGCCCUGGUAGGCCACAGCAGAGGAGGGAAGGCAGCAUUUUCACUGGCGAUCAACGACAACGCCCAACAAACUUCUGCACGCAAAUACUCGGUGCUGGUUGGCAUAGACCCAGUAGCAGGGCUCGGAAAAUGCUGCCAAACGGAACCCAAAAUCCUCACCUACGAACCUCAAUCUUUCAACAUUUCGAUUCCAAUUACGGUGAUAGGCACCGGCUUGGGCCCCGAGAAGGCGAACUUGGUGUUCCCUCCUUGUGCUCCAGAGGGUGUGAACCAUAAGGAGUUCUUCAACGAGUGCAAACCUCCUUGUGGGUAUUUCGUGACCAAGGAUUAUGGUCAUAUGGACGUGUUGGAUGAUGAUCCUUCGGGAUUCAUAGGGAAAUUGUCCGGGUGUCUGUGUAAGAAUGGGAAAGGGUCUAGGGACCCGAUGAGGAGGACCGUCGGUGGGAUUGUCGUUGCUUUUAUCAGGGCUUAUUUGCAGGGUGACAAGGUGGAUCUGAUAGCCAUUGUUGAUGACCCUGAUCUUGCUCCUGCCAAGCUUGACCCGGUGGAGUUCAUUAAAGCAUAGUAAAAAAAAAAAGAAAAAAAGAAAAAAAGAAAAAAAGAAAAAAAAGAAGAAGAUAUAAUGGAGUUGUUUGUGUAAUUUGGGGAAUUAAGGGAUGUAUUUAAUGAAUGAAAUGUAACAUCUCUUCUUCUUCUUAUUGUUAUCAUCUCUAUGCAUGUAUGCACUGAAUUUGAAACAGAGUGAAAAUUAUUAAGAAGGCAAAUAAAAAAAAGGCUAUGUAUUAUGAGUACAUUUUAUGUAACGAAAUUGUUCCAAGUGAUACAUCUAUA